AUGCCUAGUGUCUUAUCCAAACUAGCCGAUUACUUUACAUCGCCUUACGCUUCGUCUAAUGUUAAUGUUGCACAAAUACGAAAGUUAAUUGAACGUAUUUUCGAAAUAUAUAAAAACAAUAGAACAUUACUUGGUAGAACAAUAUGGAUUGUGUCUGUAUACCUUCUUUACCUUCGAAAGAGUGGUAGCUCCAGAAAAAGACCUACAGGGAUACCUACCGCCGAAGAAACGGCAAGGAAGAAAAAAAGAGUGGAGGUGGAUACUAUAUUUUUUGAUAGAUUAAAAAAAAUACUUAAAAUUGUCAUUCCUGGGCUAAGGUCAAAAGAAUUAUGGCUAUUGGUUGUCCAUUCUGGGUUUUUGGUCUUCCGGACUAUAUUGUCAGUAUAUGUCGCUGCAUUAGAUGGAAGGAUCGUUAGUGCCUUGGUGCGAGGAAAUGCAAAGGACUUUUUAACGGGUAUUGUGUGGUGGAUGAUUGUUGCUAUACCGGCAACAUAUACAAACAGCAUGUUCCGAACUCGUCUUACUCGACACAUUCAUCAAAAAUAUUUAUCCGAUAUGACUUUUUAUGCUAUUGGAAAUUUAGACGAUCGUAUAAAAAAUGCUGACCAAUGUAUUACGGUCGAUACAAUGAAAUUUUGCAACUCUCUUUCCGAAUUAUAUUCUAAUCUUGCCAAACCAAUUUUGGAUGUUUUCAUUUAUAAUAUACAAUUGGCAAAGAACGUAGGAGGAGAGGGAUUAUUUGCAUUAUCAUUGAUGGUUCAUAUAUCAUCCGUAAUAUUGCGAGCAUUAACACCACCGUUUGGAAAAAUGGUCGCUGAAGAACAGAGGCUCGAGGGUGAAUUUAGAUUUACACAUUCACGUUUAAUUGAAAAUGCAGAAGAAAUCGCGCUUUAUUCUGGUCAUGAUGUUGAAAAGGCUAUUUUAGAUCGCAAUUAUUUUGCAUUGAUUAAACAUGUUAAUAGAAUUUUCCGCAUGCGUGUUUUUCACGGUAUGAUGGAGGAUUUUAUUAUUAAAUAUUUGUGGGGUGCUUUAGGUUUAAUACUUUGCUCUGUUCCUGUGUUCUUUACGGUGCCGGGAGUAAAAAAAGGCGAUCUUGGUUCUCGUGCAGAAGGAUUUAUCACCAAUCGUAGAUUGUUGUUAAGCUCUUCAGAUGCUUUCGGGCGCAUAAUGUAUUCUUAUAAGGAAAUUACCGAGUUGGCUGGCUACACUGCCCGAGUAUCUGAACUUUUGGAUACCUUUGAUGCUGUAAAAGCAGGUCGUUAUGAAAAACAACUUGUUUCUUCAGCUUCAACGGAUGAAAACGCUGCGGUAUUAUCGGGUCGUGGAGAAGUCAUUGAAGAUGCAGCAACUAUUGAAUUUAUUGAUGUGCCUAUAGUAUCUCCGAACGGUGAUGUUUUAUUAAAAAAAUUGAAUUUCUAUGUGAGAUCAGGCAUGCACUUGUUAAUUGUCGGACCUAAUGGAUGUGGAAAAAGUAGUUUAUUUAGAAUCUUAGGUGGUCUUUGGCCUGUUUACGGUGGUACUGUUCAUCGACCAAAUCCAAGAGAUAUUUUUUAUAUUCCCCAACGUCCUUACUUAUCACUGGGCACAUUGCGUGACCAAAUUAUUUAUCCACAUACCGUUACUGAAAUGACAGAGCGAGGUAUCAAUGAUCAAAGUUUACAAGAAAUCCUUAACAUUGUUCAACUAAAUAAUAUUGUUGAGCGCGAAGGAGGUUGGGAUAAGGAACGUGAAUGGAAAGAUGCUUUAUCAGGGGGAGAUAAACAAAGAAUUGCAAUGGCUAGACUGUUUUAUCAUCGACCGAAAUAUGCAAUUUUGGAUGAAUGUACUAGUGCUGUAGGCUUGGAUAUUGAAAAAAUUAUGUAUACACAUGCCACCGGAGGAUAUGUGUUUACGAAAUUAGAUGCAGAACGUCGAUUAAAGCUUCAAGAGGAGAAACAACAUUUGGAGCAAAAACUUAUUGAAGUACCAAAAUUACAAGCCAGAUUGAGUGAUUUGAAAGCAAUGUUAUCUGAAAGAGAUGCAGAAGGCAAUUUUAGUACAGCCACACAUUAA